AGUCCCUACCCUCCAAAGGGUCAAAGUCUGUACGAAACCAGCGACGAACUACUGGCAGACUUAAAGUCGACGUGGUUUCACUUCAAAAGAGUUUAAAUUGGGUUAUUAUUUUUUCAAGAAGAUGGCUCCACUGCUGAAAUGCAGCCUUUUUAUUCUGCUGACGUUUGUCCUAACGCUUGUCCCUGUGAGGGCAAAAGGAAAUGGGCCACUGUUGCAGAGACAGAAGAGAGAAUGGAUCGUAGCUCCCCGGCAGCUAUUCGAGAACCAGGAUUACACCGGCUUGGCCAGUAUCGCUAAAAUUCACUCUGAUAAGUCGAACUUUACAAAGAUCACAUAUUUUAUAACGGGCCCUGGUGCACCCCCUGAAGGCAUAUUUGAUAUCGACCGUGACACCGGCUUUGUGAAAAUCUAUUCCAUACUGGACCGAGAGAAGAUCCCCGUCUAUAAUUUAAAAGGUGUGGCAAAAUUCACCAAUGGAAGCCGCGCUGAAAAGGAUAUUGACCUCACAAUUGUUGUUUUGGAUGAGAAUGACUGUACACCAGUCAUUCAAGUACAGCAAGUCGGAUAUGUUAAUGAAUCAAGUGCAGCAGAUACUUUUGUGAUGAAAGUGAUCGCUACUGAUGAUGAUGAAGAGGGCUCACUAUUCUCUCAGAUCGCCUACAGUGUGGAGCAGAGUACCACAGCUGGGAUGUUCUACAUCAAAUCUCAGACUGGAGAGGUCAUGGUUCGACGAAACACUCUAGAUAGGGAGAAACAAGAUACAUAUAAGUUGACUAUAAGAGCCUCAGAUUUGAAUGGACUGUCGGGAGGAAACACAGGAACUGGAGAAAUUCUGAUCAAAGUACUGGACAUAAAUGACAAUAUUCCAACCUUGGAAAAAGAGUCGUAUGAAGGUAGUGUGGAGGAGAACACCAUCAAUAGGGAAGUGAUGAGGAUCAAAGCCGUUGACAUGGAUCUGAUUCACACUGACAACUGGCUGGCUGUCUUCAAAAUAAUUUCAGGGAACGAGGCAGGAUAUUUCAAUAUCACUACUGAUUCUAAGACCAAUGAGGGGAUUAUCUGGAUUCAUAAGUCCUUGGACUAUGAGGAACUAAAGGUGGUCAACUUGGAAGUGACUGUUUCCAACAAAGCAGAGUACAAUUUUGGCAGUGGGUCCAUGACAGGGGCCACAAUCACAAAAUCCUACCCCAUUAAAAUCAAUGUGGUCAAUCAGAAGGAAGGCCCCCGUUUCCAACCAAGUGUCAAAGUGGUGACUGUCUCUGAGGACCACACUUCCACCUCCCUCCACAAAGUCAUCGCCACCUAUUCUGCUAUUGACAGUGACACGCUACAGACAGCCACCAACGUAAGAUAUGCCAAAAUCCGCGAUGAUGACCACUGGUUGAUUAUUGAUGAAAAGACAGCAGAUAUCAGGCUGAGUAAACUGCCUGACAGAGAGUCCAAGUUCUUGAUCAAUGGAACAUAUUAUGCAAAUAUUAUAUGCAUCACCAAUGAGAUGCCCUCAAAAACUGCCACGGGGACCAUAGCCAUUCAGGUGGAGGACUUUAAUGAUCACUGUCCUAAACUAACCGCUACAUCUCAGACCAUGUGCCUCGGUGAUAAUGUCAUUUACGCCACAGCCAAAGACGAAGAUGAGUUCCCCAAUGCAGCACCAUUUGAGUUCACUGUGAUUCAGGGGAGCAGCAACGGGAAAUGGAAUGUGGAGCAUCUUAAUGAAACCACAUCCAUUCUGCGGGACCAAGCCAACUUGUGGCCAGGGAAUUACAAAGUAGCAGUGGAGGUCAAAGACCAGCAGGGAAAGUCAUGUGCUGAUGUUCAGAUGAUGGACGUAGUUGUGUGUACUUGUGAUGAAAACAUUAAAACCUGUGUGCCGCGCAGCACAAGGACUACAGGUUUUGGAGCUUCAGGUAUCUUGCUUCUGCUCCUGGGACUGCUGCUUCUGCUGUUGGUGCCCCUUUUGCUGCUGUUCUGCCUGUGUGGAGGUGCAGCAGCUGUUGGAGAUUUCAAGGCCAUUCCAUUUGAUACAAAACAACAGCUGAUCUCAUAUCACACUGAGGGACAGGGAGAAGACAAGGAUGUUCCUCUUCUACAUUUCCCAGUGGAAGUUGAUGGUGGCACAAUGAAUGCCAAGGACAUCAACACCUUUGGGGGAAAGGGGUACUUAGGAGGACUGGCUGAAGUAGGAGGAGGAGCAGCAGUUGGUGGAGCAGCCUUAGGUGCCAUCAACACAUCAAGCUUGACAGCUGAAGAAAUGCAUCUGUACAAUCAAUACAACAACUCCUUUGGGCAAGUGGAGAUGGACUACAUGGGUGGUGGGAUGAUGACAGGACAAGGACAUCUGUACUCCAAAUACAGAACUGGGGUUUUUGAUGGGAUGUCUCUGUCUGAUGAGUUCCUGUGGCAGUAUUAUUCAAGUAAAUCCAAACAUGCUGCACAGCAGUCCCUGCAGAAGGACGGUUUGCUCGUCUAUGACUAUGAGGGUCAGGAGUCCCGGGCAGGUUCUGUAGGUUGCUGCAGCCUUCUUGAUGAUGAUGAUGACCUUGCAUUCCUCGAUGAUCUUGGGCCUAAAUUCAAAACCCUGGCUGAGAUUUGUCACGGGUCAACUUUGGUGACUGGGUCUGUGGAUGCAGGGGUUUCUGUCUCUCCACCCAGACCAGUGUCUCCUAUGAUGCCCUCCACCUCCACCCACACACAUGUCCAUACACACACAGAAACAAUCAGGGACAGGGACCACGUCAACAUCAACACCAACACCAACACCCUCAACACCUCCAAUGUAGCAUCUGGAUCCUCCACCAUCAUCCAGGGUUCAGCCACUGUUCCAAAGGUACAUGUCCAAGACAAGAUUAUGAUUCCCAGUCAGACGCUGCUUAUACAGCAGCCUACUAUGUAUUAUGCAGCCACGCCCAUGUAUGUAGUCGAGCCAAAGUCCCAAAUGAUGUUUGUGGCAGGUGGCACCCAGCAGACAGUGAGUCAAGCUGGCCAAGUUGGGCUUAGUCAGGGGCUGGUUCAGGUUGGUGGCCUCCAAGGUACUCAGGGUGUGGUCCUUUUAGAUAGGCAAGUGGGAAUGGGUGGAGGGACAGGACAGGUAGCACAAGGCCUUUCGCAAGGAACCAUCUCCAGGUCCAGACAAGUUUUGGUGGUGGAGAAUGGGUCCUCGGGUGGAGAACAGGGUGCGCGCCUAGUACAGGGCAUAAUUCAGACAGGUCAUGGGUCUACAGAGCAGGGUGUGCAGGUGAAAACUCAGAGUUUUUCACUGGGUUCAUGCGAUUCUACUGGCUCAAAUGAGGAAUAUGCAUUGAGAGCCACACCCAAGCCACAAGGGAGCCAGAGAGUGGUUGUGCAACACAAGAAGGUCUCAGUCACAGAGAGAAAUAUUGAAUCUAGUACAAGAGCAUAAAUCAACCACUUUGUUUAGCGUAUCCCCUGUCAGACUUAUUUUUAUAUAUACUGAAAUAGAUUUCAGUAUAGUAAAUCCCACAGUAUAUAGAUACACACAGUUUAUGUUCAUACAGAUAGACUGUGGUAAAACUGGUUAGUUUAGUCUGCUUGACCAAAAGUGCAAUAUGUUUGUCCUCAUGUAGUGAUUACACUGCUGCUCGUACGUAGCAAACUAAAAAUACAAACCUCUUAUGUAAAAAUUAAGAGAAACUGGAAUAUGCAGAGUAGAAACGACAAGGUUCCCCACCCCUACGUCUUAGAGGGCAGCUACAUGGAAGUGACAACAAAAUUAUUUACAAUAUGAUGAUUCAGGUCUGUAUUACAUCAGCAAAUUCCCUUCCUAGACCAGCCCCGGACAAGGAAGGGAAUCACUGGACUGGUUGCUGCUGGUCUUACAUUACUGGAGGGCACAAUGAAACUUCCCAAUUCAAUUAUAAUAGCAACUGCAACUGAGAGUGCAGAGAGAAACAUAUAAUGCAAAAAGAUGUUCCCACUAGUGAUGGAACUUAUGUACUCCUGGUGAAAUGGAAAGUAGAUAAUUAGUUUUAAAAGCCAGAUAUCUCAGCACCUGGCAUGUCAUUGGUACGGAUCAGUACUCUUAUUAAACCAUUAUGCUAUAGUCAUUUUGUGCUUGGGGCAGUUAAAAUUGUACUGAUUGCUCUUCUACAUUGGAACAACACAGAACAUGGCGGCAAAAGUCCUGUAAUUAUACCGUAUGUCGGUAGUUGAGAAGCAUACAAAUAUAUUGAGAGUGAACACUGAGGCUUUGAACACUUUCUACUUUCUUUGAACACUAGAUUUGGUGCUCUGAGUACUGUGUUGAUUUAGUGGUGUGAUCCUUGUGUUGCUUUUUGUAAUAUUUUAGCUUUAGCUGUGCCGUAAGCUCUUCUGCUGACCUUUUAGGUUCUUGAACUUAGUUAUACUGUAAUCAGGAACUAUUAAAUGCGUGGCCAAUGCUUCCUUGGAAACUGUGGAACAUGGAUAAAUGUUGUUUGCACUGUAAAACUGAUGAAAGCCCCCUCUGCAGAUCAACCAAAGCCAUAAUGUCAGAAUGAUUUAUUGCAAGAAUGGAUUGGACUGCCUUUAUCAGUAGUACAACAUAGUUAUUACAGACUAUAAACCAAAGAAGAGGAUCCUACAUACAUUCUCUAUUUUUUUGUUGCACUCUUUUUAUUAUUUCUACAGAAUGUGUGGCUUUCUAAAUUGAACUUUUACAAUAAGCCAAGUGUAAACUCCAAAAGAAGUGUCAAAGUACCAAAGCUGUAAAAAUGUUUGUACAAUAACAUUAUGGCGCUAUUUUUUUACAAAUAUAUAUUGUGCUAAAAUUACCAGAUAUACUUUUAAGAUGUUUUUUUAUUGUGUGUUUGUAUAUGGGUAUAAAGGUAACAUAGUUUGGGUAUGUGGAUCAGUAGAGUAACUAAGGAUUAGCUUGCCAAGCACUGAAAACUUGGUGGAAUGACACGUUUUAUAUUGCUGUUCUUGCUAUUGAUAUGUAUAUAUUUUCAUCUCUAGUUUCUAAUAUGCUGUAUUAAUAUAGCACAUACUGUUUUGACUUGAAACAGUGUAGUACUAAAGCAGCAGUAUUUGACACAAUCAUGUAUUUUAAGUUUCGCACCUCCUGCCUUAAUAAAGUUGAAAUAAAGCUGUUA